AUGAUAUCUCUGCCUGAAAUCACAGUCUUCGGGGAGGUCGGUAUAGACCAUACAGAAGAUCCCACCCAUUGGGCACAACAACACGUUGUGUUAGACAAGGCUUUGGGAUUCCUGAGACCGGAUCAGGUACUGGUGCUACAUAACCGAAGAGCCCAAGAUAAAGAAGGAGACGAUAUGUUACAGCUCCUUUAUCAUCUCAAAGGAGUGAUCCCCAGAGAACAGAAGAUCCAUGUCCACUGUUUUACCGGCAGUAUAAUGGCUGUGGAAUUGUGGAUCAAAGAGUUCCCCAAUGUACACUUUGGAUUGACCAAGGUUGCUAGGAGUGAGGCAGAGAGGCAGGCAGUUUGUCGCAUUCCAGACGACAAGCUUCUGCUUGAAACGGACUCCCCAUACUUCUCUUCCAGGGGCCAAUAUAGCUGCCCAUGUCAUCUGGGAGGUGUGGCCGCCGGAGUCAGUCGGAUACGGGGGAUGGACUGGACUGACGUCUUAACGCUGGCUAACACCAAUGCCAGACGUUUAUAUAACGCCUAA